CUAGUGUUAGUGAAAGAUGAACUUUUCUGGGAAGAAAUAAAUUCCUGGGUGAAAUGUUGCUCUGGCAAGUUUAUUAUUGUUGUAAAGCUUUGAAAAUGUUAAACAGAUACAUUUGAAGCCCACCCAAUGAAGAACACUAGGCUUUGUGGUAUGUAAAGUACUGAGACAGAUGAGAGGCUUUAUCAAGAGCAGAAACCAUGUUUCUUUCCAGUAAAUGAUCAGCUUCGGUGCAUGCCGCAACUUUAUCAGCAUUGCUGUUUUUGUUGUCUUGAAAUGGAGUGGCAUCAAGCAACACAAACACUUGCAUCUAUUAUAUCAGUAAUUUAUAGGUCCAACAGUGGCAUAUGAUGUAAAGCAAAUAACAGAACGUAAAUGAAGAGAAACAAAAAUCAAAUCAAGGUGGUCAGAAAGGACUUGCACAGCAGCGAAAGAAAGGCAUCUGAAGAGCAGGGACUGCAGUGAACAGCAGCGUAGUUCAUAUCAAGUGGGGUCAGAAUGUAAAUAGCAACAAUUUUCAUUUCUCCAGAAUCACUCUGCCUCUGUGAUUGUUUGUCACUUGGUUACAUUGGUCGUAACAUCUUCUGAUUUAUCAUCUGGUAGAGCAGCUGCAUAUUACCGGGCUCCUGUUUCCCUCAACAUCUUAAAUCUGCUUAGUAACCCAAAUCACAAUCUUGAGAGAGAACAAUGAAGACGCUGAUGGUCAUUGCUGCUUCUUGCUUUCUGUUCCUGAUUCAGGAAGCAGAUGCAAGUACACGUGUGCUUCGUCAGACCGAAUGGGAGAAUUUUUUGCCCCCAUUUUGGAGACAAGAUCCUGAAGAUGAGGCAACUCAGCCUGCUCCAUUGCCACAGGGCAAUGGUUCCGGUGGCCCUGUGGUGGAUGGUAGUGGUUCCUUGCUGGGAUGCAACUGCCCUGUCCCUCCCCAAUUCAAUCCUGUGUGUGGGAGUGACGGAGUCACUUACGGAAACCUGCAGAAACUGAAUUGUGCGCGGUCGUGUGGGAAGAAUGUCCGGCUGCGUUUUAUGGGAAACUGUUCAAAUGGUUAAUACGUUGUGAAAGCAUUUUUGUGGAUUUUUUAAUUCCAUGAGCUAAAUUUUCAUAAGAGUACAGUACAGUGUAUCAUUUAAAUACCAAAUAUACAAAGCAAAAGUGCUACUUGCAA